AAGUAAAGGUGAUUCUGGACUCAGGACAGUAUGGCAUCAGAGGACCACGCUAGGGAUCAAGUCUCAUUCACCCAGAGUAACCCGCUGUUUGGCAUGUCACUCAGCAGGACUGAUCUCUACAGUUUCCAGCCUGAUGAUCUGAAGCCAGUGAGGCCCAGACGACAGUGGUGUUUUAAUGUGAUCAUUGUUUACCUCAUCUUGCAGACUGCCCUUAAUGUCUUUCUCAUUUAUAAAGUUUUCACGUUGGAGUCUUCGCUGUCUAACCCCAGGUUGGAGAAGCAGAUAUCUAAUCACAUCCCUCUGGGUGGAGACCAUGGUGACGACAACAUCCAAACUCUCCUCUACAACAAUAGUCAAGAAGCCAAGACCCUGAGAGGACAGCUAGGAGCCCUGACAAACAAGGUCAACAGCCUGUGUGGGGCAGAGGGCCAGCUGUCGAGGCUGCAGUCUGACCUGAACCUGCUCAACACCAGCGCCCGCAACCUGGAUGGAAAACUGACAGCCAUCAGCCUCAAACCAGGACCACCUGGUCCACCAGGUAGCAAUGGACUUGCAGGAGAGAGGGGCCCCAAAGGUGAUGGUGGUGCUGUUGGACCAUCAGGACCAAAGGGUGAAAUGGGAGAAAAAGGACAAUCUGGAGAGACAGGACCUCCUGGACCAGUUGGUCCCAUCGGUGUCCCAGGAACCCCAGGGAAUCAAGCAGCAGGUGUAAAGGGAGACAAAGGAGACCCCGGGGCCCAAGGUUUAAGCGGACCUCCUUGUUUCAAUGGAACUGAAGGUGCUGCCGGACCACCAGGGCCCAAAGGAGACAAAGGAGACACAGGAAACCAACCAGAGGAGACUGUGCGUCUUGUGCCAGGGAGAUACAGUGGGCGAGUGGAGGUGAAGUACAAUGGGAUCUGGGGCACUGUCUGUGAUGACAGCUUUUCCACUGUGGAUGGCAAGGUGAUCUGUAAGAUGCUGGGCUUCCAAUCCGCCGUUUCCACCUUCACUGCCAGCCCAGGGUCCGGUAAGAUUUGGCUGGAUGACCUGAGAUGUAGAGGAACAGAAUCUGACAUCUUCAGCUGCCCACACAGUGGAUAUGGUGUUACCAACUGUGGUCACAACGAGGAUGUCGGAGUGCGCUGUGCCUAGACUGGCAACACACUGAAGACCAGCAGGAAAAUGGUGUUUCUGCUGUUCUUCACGGAUCAAACAUGCAGUGACAAUUGACAAUUGACUGGCAGCAGCCAUCACACACACAAACACACACACACACACACACACACACACACACACACACACACAUGCUUACUGGUUUUCAUACAUCAUGGGGAUGCCAGUUUUAAUCAUCACUUGUGGGGACCAUUUCUAGAGGUUGUAGAGAGCUGAAAAAAAUUGAGUAAACUUUCCAUAGCUUAGUUAGCCUAUACACGCCUUCAAACCUCUGAAAUGAUGAAGUGAUGUUUUGAUCAGGCUUUAUGGGGACAUCCGGAAAAAAACAAACAGUAAACAUGAUUUCAGGGUACAUCACUUACAUCAAUUAGAAUAUUUCACAUAGAUUAUUUGGUGACUAAUGGGGAUCUACUUUUACACAAAACAAUGAAAAUGAGAUACUUUUCUCAGAAGCCAAUUCUAUAAUUAGGGCAUUUGCAAAAAUAGUAUUGAGUAGACGCACACACACACACACACACACACACACACACACACAGGCAAAGGCAGAGAACAGUUCUGCUACUAAUGAUGCUCACAGCUGGAUCUCAUUACAUAUUCAUAAAACACAGCAUAUAGAAUUGCAUUCAGUCACUAGCUUAAAUGACAGCAUACUAUAAACAAAAGAUCAUGCUGAUCAAAGUUUUCUGAAACAAAAUUCUCAGGCAUCAUUUCCCCACUUUGUUCUCAGUUAAUUAAUAUUAAUAAAGUGUUGGCCCCUUGUUUAGUCUAUAUCACUGCUGCACUGUCCUCCUCCCACUUGCCUUCAGCGACUUGCUUUUCAUCACCUUUCAUCCAUCACACAUCAGCAGAGAUGACUUUGCAGAGGACAGAAAAGAUGAAAAGGUUGACAGGACAGAAUAGAAAUUGUGCUGAGGAAUGAUUUUUGGCACAGCUGGCUCAGUCACGCAUACACAUGUCAAGUUCACAUCAAAUGGCAUCAUAGUUGAAACACUUAAAUGAAAAAACUAUAUUUAAUUGUAUAAUUUGAAGGCUGCUAUAAAGGUCAUACACACACACUCCCAAGUCCAACAGAUCGACACAAAACAUCUUUCUCCUGAUUAAAUGUUCAUAUGACAUUGUUGUAUAGUUUCACAUUAAGCUCACAUGUCAAAACACAACCUCAAAUGAUUAGCUAAACAAAGUAUUUUCAUUUAUAUACAUUUUAAUUCCACAAUAAGUUUUGUUCUGUCCUCUUGAUGUUCACCAUGUCUCUUCUGUGAGCUUUUGAAGGAAGUCAAAGUUCUCGGGGGCAUUAUCUCCUGGAGGAGUCAAACUGUAAUAACCUGGUUUAGAAUUGAUACUCAAACUUUGUUGAUUCUCCUCAUUGAGUUUUUCCACUGAGGUUUGUCACUCAACUUUCAUCAUGCCCUAGAGCAGUAGUUCUCAACCUUUUUGAGUGGCGACCCCCAAUUUAACAUGCAUGUUGUCCGCGACCCCUCACUGAACACAAUCUCACACGCACAGUUCAGAUCAUACAAACUCAGUUGAUACGACGAAUUUUGGACAAAUAAUGAAGCAGACAACAGCUAAAACAUCUCUCUGUCUGUGCAUUUAUAUAUUUUUUAUAAUUUAAUGUUACUUUUAAUCUAAAUCCUUUGCUCUAAGUUUAAAGGUCCAUUCUGACCUCCUGAGUGUGUAACAGUCAGCUUCAAGCCAGAGACUCCUUGGAAAGUAAUUACUUGAUACUUUGGGAUUUGUCAGAAAAGACACAAAAUUACCCAAAAAAGAAUAAAAUUGACCACAAAAUGACACAAAAUGAUAAAAAAAAAAUACAUAAAAUUAAGCAAAAAAAGGACUCAAAUUGACCACAAAAUGACAAAAAAUGACCAUAAAAAGUCACAAAUUGACCAAAAAAGACACAAAAUGACUAAAAAAAGACACAAAAUGACAAAAAAGGAAACAAAAUGACCAAUAAUAAUAAGGGAAAAAUGAUUAUUAUAACAGAAGAUAUGUGGUAAUGUAACAAAUGAUAUGAGCUAAAUAUUAUAACACAUGAAGAUAUAAGACGAUGGUGGUGGGGGCUGAAGAUCAAGCAAGCUGAUGAUGCCUGCUGAGGGGAUGAGGGGAGGCAGAGAGGCACACAUAAGAGCAACAUGAAUUUCCAGGCAGAGAUAAUCAUAUUCAAAAAGAGGCAGCAGUAGGAUGAUUGGCUUACAACGUAGAUGGUCUCUGUUAGAAUAAUCUGUUAUUCUGUCUCUGUUGUCUGUCUCUGUGGACGUGGGUCACUAUCUACGCAUGCGUAAUUCACAAUCUGUGUAUGUUCCCUCUCUGUGCAUUGAUAGAUUAAUCAUGUAGGCUGCUUUGCUAUAAUGCUCAUGUGCUAAUAUUGUUGUUAAACUAUGAUCAGACUAAAUACAUUAACUCCAUCUGCUUAAACUUUCUCUGCCCUAUUAAGAGUAAGAUUCUAUUAUCACAAACAGAUAUAUUUUACAUGGAUGUUUGUUGCAAAAUCUGUGUCUCCAGUAAUAUCUCAGCAGGUUGUUGGUGAUUUGAAAGUUUAUUCCAGGUCAGGUCACGGAUAUGAUGUACUAAGCAGAGAGAUAACUGUCUUCUCUGCUUGACAUGACGUGUCCACGUAUGCAAUAAACUGACAAAUCAGCAGAUCGAAAGGAGGCGACUUUUGGAAGAAAUCUACCUACAUUUUUUAUUAAACCUCUGUUAGGUUAUAAAAGAAGGGUUCAGGGAAAGUAGACUGCAUUAAACCUUCAUGAACUGACCAGCCUAAUGUCAUGUCAGGGACGUGAAGAUUGAACCCAGAGACUCUGUAACUGCACAUUUCUUGACGUAUUGACAUGCAUGACUCUGAGAAAUAGGUGAGGUUUUGUGUUGGAGUCAGAUAAUUUAAUUUAAAAGGUUUCCUCAAUAUAUUUCCCAACAUCUCUGACACAUCUGCUGGAUCUAUAUGAUCAGCUUAAAGAGCUGAUACCAUGAAUGACAAUCCCUGAUAAUGACAGCAGGGAAAUUGUGAGUGAGCAUGUGUGAUGAGGGAAUGGCAGAAUGUAUGACAAAUAAAACGAUGCAUGCAAGCGGUUCAACAACAAUAAUUUAA